AUGUUGUCUGAUUCGAAGAAUCUUGACAAAGUUAAAUGCAAAUUGUGUGGAAAAGAAUUUUCAGGAGGUGCUUACAGGAUAAAAGAACACAUUGCCAAAAUUCCUGGAAACGUUUCUGCUUGUCCAAGAUCAUCAAAGGAUGAUCAAGAAAAAUGCAAGAAUGCUAUCGAGGAAGCAAAGAAGAAGAAGAAGAAGAAAGUAACUCUAGAUGAUGAGCUGCGGCAAACAGUUAAUGUUCAUGGCAGUGGAGAUAUGGAUGAUGUGAUUGAACUUGAAGAAAUGGGUUCAAGAAAGAUGCAAAGGACACUUGGUCCAAUGGAUAAGUUUGCAACAAACAUCAAUCCAGAAUCUAGACCUCUUCCAACUAGGCAACAAAAUAUCAAUGAUGCUCUUUGGAAAGAGAAGCUACACAAGGUUCAGCAAUAUAUUGCUAGGUGGGUGUACGCUUCAGGUGUUCCUUUCGAUACUAUAGCCAACGAUGAGUUUAAGCUAAUGGCUGAAGCUAUAGGACAAUUUGGUCCAGGAGUCACACCACCAAGUCAACACCAACUUCGAGAGCCUUUACUUAAGGAAGAGGUUGAUAGAGUUCAUGGUUUGCUGAAACCACAAGAAGAAGAGUGGAAGAAGAAUGGGUGCACGGUGAUGACAUAUGCUUGGUCUGAUCGAAAGAGGAGAAGUAUCAUGAAUCUAUGUGUUAAUUGCAAAGGAGGUACAAUGUUUCGCUCAUGUAAAGAUAGUUCAGAUGAGGCUCAUACAUGUGGAUAUAUUUUUGAGUAUGUCAAAGGCUGA